AGAGGACACAGAUCACAAGACCUGUGACGCAGGCUGACUUAAAAACGCUCCAGCAACUCGCUCUCAGCAGGAGUCUUUGAUUGAAUCUGCCUCCACUGAGCUCAAGGCUAGAAGACUGUGAUUUUCCACCUGCGGCCCAGGAGAUUGUCCUAAGUGUUGUGGCGUGGGAAGGUGGUAACCAUGACGACUGCAGAGCCACCUAAUGGACUGUGGCGCCGAAACAUCAGAGCCCGUCAGUCAGAUGAGGUCUCUGGUCAGGCUGGAGACCAUGAUAAUUCACAAGAGGAAGAUCUAAGACAGUGGCAGAAACAUGCACAGAAGGUGAAGAUGAAAGUCCUGGAGCAGGUCCAGGAUCAGCUCAGUGAUUUACUGGACAAAGCACUGACUGAGUCCGUCCAGCCUUUUACCCAACUACAGCCAACAGUUAAUGGAAAGACGACAAUAAACCCCUCAUCCAGAUCUCAGAGAAUGGAUGAUGGCAAAGUGUUCAUGGCCAGACCGUCGCUGUUGGACGAACUGUUUGAGAUCAACCACAUCAGGACCAUCUACCACAUGUUCAUCGCUGUACUUGUCAUCUUCUGUUUGAGCACACUGGCUGUGGACUACAUUGACCAGGGCAGGUUGGUCUUGGAGUUCGACAUUCUGUUCUGGGCCUUUGGGAAGGUGGGAACAGUCACCUGGGCCUGGUUUGUGAUGUUUGUCUACACCCUGCUCGCUCCGUACUACACGCUGGUGUUUUGGGGAUGUUUGUACCACAGCUCACCCUCUAAGUUGGGGCUGUCUCUCGGCACAGGCCUGGUCCUAUCUGCAGUGCAGACCUGCGUACUGGGACUGUUCCCCAUCCACGUGGCUGUGCACUACCAGCUGCCUCCGGCCUCGCGGUUCAUUGUGAUACUGGAGCAGAUUCGAUUCCUGAUGAAGAGCUACUCGUUCAUAAGAGAAACCGCUCCUGUUAUCAUGAAGAAUCCACCAAAGGAAGGAGAAAGUCCCAGAUUACCAACAUUUUCCAGCUAUCUGUACUUCCUCUUCUGUCCAACACUCAUCUACAGGGAAUCAUAUCCUCGGAAUACCCACAUUAGAUGGAAGUACGUUGGCAUCACACUUGGAAUGAUCUUAGGAUGCCUGUUUUAUGGCUAUUUCAUCCUGGUGCGGCUCUGCGUGCCUGUCUUCAGACCUGAGACCAACCAGCCGUUCAGUAAACGAACGAUGGUUCUUGCUGUGUUCAACUCAAUAUUACCAGGUAUAAUGCUCCUUCUGUUGUGUUUCUUUGCCUUCCUGCACUGCUGGCUCAACCUCUUCGGGGAGCUGCUGCGUUUUGCUGACAGAAUGUUUUACAAGGACUGGUGGAACUCGACAUCUUUCGCCAACUAUUACCGAACCUGGAAUGUAGUGGUUCAUGACUGGCUCUAUUACUAUGGAUACAGAGACUUCCUCUGGCUGUCGAAAAGGAAAUUCCGAACAGCUGCCAUGCUCUCUGUGUUCAUCGUCUCCGCUGUUGUCCACGAGUACGCCUUCACCAUGGGUUUUGGCUUCUUCUAUCCCGUCAUGUUCUGUCUCUUUGCCAUCUUUGGAGUGGUGUUCAACUUCACCAUGAACGACAAGCGCCAGAGCCCUGUGUUCAAUGUCAUCAUGUGGGCGUGUCUCUUCCUCGGUCAGGGUGUCCAGGUGUGUCUCUACUGCCAGGAGUGGUACGCUCAGAUACACUGCCCUCGGAAAGAGAAUAGCUUCUGGGAGUUGGUGACGCCGCGAUCGUGGUCGUGCAGCUACCAGAGAUGAUGCUGCCUCCCAGCUGGGCUGAUAAAUCAUGAGAGGGUACAGGGUCAGAAAAUGACAAAGGACUGAACACAGGAGAGAAAGAAACUUUGAAGACAUGUAAAUAUGUACGUUUUUUCAGUUUUUAGUGUGUAAGUUUUUCUUUGGGUCAAGAUUUGACUGUCCCUUUUUUUCUUUAUGUUGUUAUUCAGGGCUGAUGUUACCCAAAAUAUCACCUCUGAAAUAUUCCAAGUUUGUGUUUGUAUGAUAGUGUUAAAUAAUGUUUAAAGGAGCUGUAUGUAACAUUCAGAGCAUAUCUAUGAUUCAGAAUCUGAGCCGGGAUUGUUUGCACAUGGGUCUCAACAUGGAGACGGCUAAGCCGGUGGCUAGUAGCUAACAGUACUAAUAACACAGUCAGUGGGAACAAUGGCAACAGUGCUGACAAUGGGGUUCACCACUGUGGGUCGGGACGGUGUUAUCAGUGGUAACCACCGCAGUGUGUGAACUAAAACAUGGCUUUCAGGGGAGCUCACUUUUUUUACGGAGGGUGGGGGGCACUUGCAUAUGCCUCAAAGAGAGGACUGAUUGUGACUCUUGUUACAAAUAAAACAUUUUCAACAGCUGAAACCAUGUAGGCCUAGUUGCUCUAGUAUGUUUGCACAUCUGAUCUGAGAAGUUGUUUUGUUUUUUUUCUGAUGUUUGAGUUGAAGUGAGGGAGGUUAAUUGUGCCACCACGCUUUGGAUGUGAUGGCAUGAAUAGCAUGCAUGUAUUUAAUAUUUUUAUUAGAGCAAAUUAGUGAUGACUCACCCUUGUGCUUGGACCACACAUCAGUAACAGUAAUUUUAUGAAUUUCCCAUGAUGAUGACGAUAUGGAAAUAUAGCAGUGCUUGGCAAAAUAGCAUAUUGUCAAAAAAUUAACAAAUCAUGUUUACGGGUGAGCUCAUGCCUUAUUAAGAGAAGCCAAGCUCCUCCCUGGCUCCACUGUAGUUCGCACCCUGAACCGCAGUAUGAGCGCAGUGCAGAGAGGUGGCGAUUAGCUUACCAUUGGGACACACUCACAGGGACUCAUGCACUAACAUGUACGUGCAGCUGAACCAGUUUACCACAAAAAAGAACAGGGAAGCUGGGAUUACAACACACAAAGGUAGUGUGACUUCAUUUUCUGCUCAGGACACCAUUACUCUACUAUAUCUUCACAUGGCAAAUAGCUGUUUGCUACUUUAUUAAUUCUCUGAACGUCAUAUACCAGGGGUGUCAAACUCAUUUUAGUUCAUGGGCCACAUACAGUCCGAUUUAAUCGCAGGUGGGCCUGACCAGUAAAACCAUUGCACAAUGUCCUAUAAAUAUCAAACACCUCUGAAUUUUUACCUUUUUUUGUUGAAAGAAGUACAUUUUGAAAAUGCUCAUCCAUUUACAACACAGCUGACAAACAACCUGUGAUGUCUUCAGAAGAAUAAAUGCAAUUUCAACAAUAUUUCUCACUCAGUUUUUCCACAUUUAGUCAGUCAACUACUCACUGCCAUUACAUAUGUAUUUCUCUAUACAUUUCCACUCCACUGUAGUAAUCCUGACAGCACCACACAAAACUAAAGUGAAAGAAAAGCCUCUGCAGCAGCAUUUUACAUGAAGAAAGCAACUCACUGUUUAACUUGCUCCUGAAACCUGGCACCUCUUAGCCUUCACAAGUUCAUCACUAUUAGGUGUGCAAGGUCAGGGCCGGAUUGGACCCUUUGGCGGUCCGGAUCUGGCCCCCAAGCCGUGUGUUUGACACCCCUGUCGUAUACAGUUCCUUUAAUAAUUCAAGCUGUGUAAAACUUUCUUUAAAAACUGUUGUAAUUAACAGAUUUUUUUUUAAUCAAUUGCUGAUAAAAUAUCAUACUGUAAGCAAACUGUUGCACAUUAAUCAACCAGUAGCAUGUUUACCGACAGACAAGGUCUUAAUGAAGUACAAAGUUUUAGGAAAAUUUGUCCGUUUUUUAAAUACAAAUCAAACAAAUAACAUACAACAUAUUAAUUAUUGAGCUUUAGAGGUGCUGGUUGGCAGAUUCUUGACCUUUGGACAUGGCCACGCUAGCUGUUCCCCCCUGUUACCAGUCUUUAUGCUAAGCUAAGCUAAUUACUUCCCGGGUCAAGCUCCAUAUUUAACCCAAAGUCAUAUACAAAAUAACCUACUGGUGGAAAAUAUGUACUGUAUAUAUUUUUAACAAACUCUCUUUAGCUUGCCUUAUUUCUGCUGUAUUUAUAGUAAAGCUGGACGUGGUUGUUUUACAGCAGACAGGUGACAUCAGUGACUCCCAACAGGCUUUGCCACAGCGAGGGCACCUGCCCUACAGUGUGUGUUGCAUGUUUAAUCCUGCCUCUGUUGACGUUCAGCCAACAGGGAUUGGUUGGGAGAGCACGUACGUUAGCCAACCAGUAACAGGCAGAGCAGCGUCUUAUCAAUCUGCCACAAAGCCUCUGUUUGCCUGCCUGCCACAUCCCUCUGAAGUCAUACAGGAAGGAGAGGAUUAACAUUGGUACAGUGUUUGCAUUAGUGAUGUAAUGCUCUGUAAACUGAUAUACUGUAAUACCAUGGCAGCUCAGAGAGCCACGGCAGCACAGGUAAUUUCAGAGGCAGCCUCAAGAGUAGAAUGAAAUGUAUUUGUGUCUGACAUAAUUCAUUUUGAGCUUGAAAAUAAAAUCAUGUUUUUUGCAUUAUCA